AAAUUUCUAAAAAAAUGUUUAUACAUUUAUUUGAUAAACAAUUCUUUAGAGGAUCUGCAGUGGAAUGAAAAUAUUAGAUAUUUGGUCUCGCGGUCAUCCCAAGGAGAAGUUAUUAGGAUUUGGUCAACAGAUAGCGAAAAAUGUAUUUACAAGACGCGUGUUUUCAAAUAUUCGAAUUUCGCAUGGCGUCCAAACAAGAAAGUGACAGACGAAUCGGAAGUGGAUAGAAGGAAAUUGUCCCAAAGUUUCAUUUUUGCCUGUGGAACAGCAGAUGGAGACGUCCUUAUUUGGAAUCCGUUGGAAAACGAAGAAAAACUACGAACUCUAACUCGCCAACAUUCCAAACCAUUAGUUUUGGUCGUCUUUUCACCAGACGGGCGAUUUCUUGCAUCGGCUGACACAAAUAAUAAAAUAGUCGUCUGGUCGACUGAAACUUGGGAUCCAGUUUUCAUCACAAGGAGUCCGAGCCUUUACUCACUGAAGUUCUCGUGGUUGUUUACUACCUCAUCCACGGAUGCUAGUGGAUAUAAAUUCGCCUUCUACACUUACGGCAUUUACGGCAGUACGGUUAAGGUAAUUGAAUACGCCAUUACGGAAACGAAUGAUGUCCAGCAACCAUCCGUAGGAUAACGUAUAAGAGGACAACAAACUGUAGGCCUACUGAUGAAAAGAAACUAUGAGACAAUAAGUAAUCGCAUCCAGCAGGUUUUUAAUACAUUUCUCCUUCUUCUUUUA